GGUGUAUAUCGGGUGACUGAUGCAGGGAUGUGUAUUUAGGCCACAUGGCCUCUUGGACCAGCGUAUAGCGCCUCUUGACCCGGGGGUUCAAAAUGAUUUCUUCAUUAUGUCUGCUGGGGCCGCUUUGCUGCCUCAUGUUUCUUCCAGGCCUUCUCCAGGGCAAAUCUUUGUUGAAUACCAUCUUGCAGGACGAAGAGAUGGUCCCUGUGAGCGAAGUCAGCGUCCACUCAGAGAGAGCAAACGACUUCUUGACUCACUCCAGGCCGAAGCGUAACGCCGACCCCAGGUGGUACCGAGCAAACCCAGACUUCCAGGCUUAUUACAGAUACUACAGCAGCAUCGGACACACCGAGGGGCUGUACGAGAUCGACAAGCUGCGGAUGCUGUACCAGCAGAUGCGCUACCUGGAGCAAACCUACGGCCCCAACGCCUCGUAUUACCAGAGCAAACUGGGCGUGCCACCGGUGCUCAAGUGUGACCCAGCAAAGGACAAGCGGUGCAAAACCCCCCUCCAUCAUCCUCCUCCUCCCGUCCCGAUGAAGGGCGUCCCCAGGCCCACUCUCCCCCCUCUCCCUCCCGUCCCAGUCAUCUCCCAGGCGGACGUGUUGUUCCUGUGCAACAGCAAGGAUCCCCUGUGCAAGCCCCACAUCGUGUACCUGCCCACCGGGGCCGUGCCGGUGCUGUGCGACCCCCGCUACCACCCGCACUGCACCCCGCAGAAGGCCACGCCGGCCCCGCUGCUGGUGCACAAGCAGCCCCCUCCUCCCAUGUUUAAAUCAGCCCCACCUCCUCCCCCCAUGUUUAAAUCAGCCCCACCUCCUCCCAAGAAGAUGGCCCCACCUCCCCCGGUCCUCGUCAAGAAGUCUCCCCCGGCCCCCGUCCGCGCCUUCAAGGGCAUGGAGUACGACUGCGACCCCUACUGGGACCCGGACUGCCUGAUCGACCACCCGCCCCAGCCGGUGAAGGGGAAGCUGGUGCUGCCGCCGCCUCCUCCACCUCCCCCUGAAGAGGAGGAGAAGGAGGAGGAACCUGUGGAGGAACCUGCACCUCCUCCUGCUCCCAAGGAGAAGAAACUGACCAUGUACCCGUACCCCUACUACCACCCGUACCCGUACGACCCCCGGGACGAGCUGUACGACCCCGUCCGCUUCCAGUACCCGCAGCCGGCCGAUCCUGCCGAAGAGGCCGCGGAGGAGAGUCAGUGAGGCUGCAGACAUCCAUCCAGUCAAGGCUGAUUUAUGGUUCCGCGUUACACCGACGCAGAGCCUACGUGCGUAGGGUACGCGGCGAUGCGCAACUUACGCACGUAGGCUACACCGUCGAUUUAACGCGGAACCAUAAAUCAGGCUUAAAUCAUCAUGUACAAGAGCAUAAGACAUUGUAGCUAUGUAUUUAUCAGCAUGUAACAAAGUUGUUUUCAGUCAAACACGGCCAUUUCAUGCUAAUUAUUUUUGAAUAAAGACAAAAUAUAAAUAAAUCACCAUUUGAUGGAUUGAAUUUGGACUUUAAAUGCUUUGAAAGCUGACAGUUUACAGAGCAAACCCAGACUUCCAGGCUUAUUACAGAUACUACAGCAGCAUCGGACACACCGAGGGGGUAAGGCACUUUUAAAACUGCAGUUCCCUCUUAAAAUUUGAAAGAUCAGCUAAUCCAGUGCAUUCAGAUUUAAGUCCAUGAGUUUAAUCAUUAAUUUCAUCUAGAUUCAUUUGAUCUAGGGUUAGUGAUUGUAACUGAUACGUUGUUUUCUCUGGUUUGGGUGGUUAAUCAAAGAUUAGGAUUAGGAGCCAAAACCACAGCACACGCAGAUAUGGUUCAAAUGACCUGUGCGUUGUGUGUAUCUAUGUACAUAUAUCAGCAAGGAAGUGCUGCAGCACACCGACUGAAAACAUCCAUCCAGGUUCUGCAGUCGGCGUGUAAAACAUGUACAAGAGCAUUACCAAGUUGCUAUAAUCAAAGACAUUGUAUGUAUUUAUCAGCAUGUAACAAAGCAGUUUUCAGUCAACACGGCCCUUUCAUGCUAAUUAUUUUUGAAUAAAGACAAAAUGAGACAAAAAAUAAAUUGAA